UGAAAGGGGUCUGAUGUUGUCAAACAGUGCAGAGCAUCUCCUCCUCCUCCGAGCAUCUGUGAGCCCAAGAGCACGUCCUUAAGUAUUAUUAUAGAGCUUUAACACACACACACACACACACAGAGACAGACACACACAGAGAGAGACACAAACACACAGACACACACACUGACAGGGUGAAUCUAUAGAUGCGUCUUCCAGUGCGUCUGAAAGCCAUGGCACGGCCGUUCCUGCUGCUCCUCUUCUGCUGCCUGCUCCAAACCGAUGCACUGACGACAUGUGGAACCCAGCAGUUCCAGUGUGGGAAUGGGAAAUGCAUCACGUCCCGAUGGGUGUGCGACGCCUCCGAUGACUGCGGAGACGGAACCGAUGAACUUCCUGCUACCUGUUUGGCUAGAACGUGCCGGCCGACGGAGUUCAGCUGCCAGGACCGUCUGAACCAGUGUGUACCACGCAACUGGCUCUGUGAUGGAAAAGCUGACUGUGAGAACGGAGCGGACGAGGAGAGCUGUGCCCCCAAGCAGUGCACCAACACUGAGUUCCAGUGCCGGAGCGGCCAGUGUGUGUCGGCCUCCUUCAAGUGCGACGACGAGGCGGACUGCGAGGACGGCAGCGACGAGGCGUCCUGUCCGGCCACCACCUGCAGCCCCAGGGCCUUCCAGUGCAAUGACACCGUGUGCGUGCCGCAGCUGUGGGCCUGCGACGGCGACUCCGACUGCCCCGACGGCUCGGACGAGUGGCCUCAGAACUGCGGCACCAAGCUACCUGCCACUCCGAGCCCUCACCAGUGCACCUCCCUGGAGUUCCACUGUGGCAGCGGCGAGUGCAUCCACGGCAGCUGGAAGUGUGACGGAGGAGCCGACUGCCACGAUCGAUCGGACGAAGCCAACUGUGAUCGCCGGACCUGUCGUCCUGAUGAGUUUGAAUGCGGGGAUGGAACCUGCAUCCAUGGGAGCCGUCAGUGCAACCAUCAGUACGACUGCAGGGACCGGAGCGAUGAAACCGGCUGCGUCAAUGCGACCCACUGUGACGGCCCAACCAGGUUCAAGUGCCGCACCGGGGAGUGUAUCCUCAUGGAGAAGGUGUGCGACAAGAACCGGGAUUGCAGGGAUUGGUCAGAUGAGCCUCUGAGGGAAUGUGGCCUUAACGAGUGCCUGUUCAGCAACGGUGGAUGCUCUCACAUCUGCAAAGACCUGAGAAUCGGCUUUGAGUGCCGGUGUCCUGCUGGAUUCAGCCUGGUGGACCAAAAACUCUGUGAAGAUAUUGAUGAGUGUGCCAACCCGGACACCUGCAGCCAGAUCUGCAUCAACCAGAUCGGCAGUUACAAAUGCGAUUGCGAGGAUGGUUACCAAGUCGACCCAGCAAGCAAAGCAUGCAAGGCCAUCGGAACGAUAGCCUACCUUUUCUUUACCAACCGCCACGAGGUCAGAAAAAUGACCCUGGACAAAAGUGAGUACACCCGAGUGAUCCCCCGGCUCAAGAACGUCGUCGCACUGGACAUGAACAUCGCCACCAAAGAAAUCUACUGGUCGGACAUCUCCCAGAAGAAAAUCUACAGAACCCAGAUGGACGUGGCCGAAGACGCCGCCCACCACAGCACGGUCAUCGGCAGCGACAUCGAUGCUCCUGAAGGCCUCGCCUUCGACUGGAUCCAUGGGAACCUGUACUGGACCGACAGCAUCCGCAGCACCAUCUCCGUGGCAACGGCGGACGGGAGCCGGCGCAAAACUCUGUUCCGGCGCGACCUGUUGAAGCCCCGGGCCAUCGUGGUGGACCCCCACAGCAACUUCAUCUACUGGACGGACUGGGGAACUCCUGCUAAGAUAGAGAAGGGGGGGCUGAACGGAGGAGACCGCUCGGCGCUGGUCACUGACAACAUCGAGUGGCCCAACGGCAUCACGCUGGACCUGUUGAGCCAGCGGCUGUACUGGGUGGACUCCAAGCUGCACACCCUCUCCAGUAUCGACGUACAGGGCGGCGGCCGACACACCCUCAUCAUUGACGAACUCAAGCUGGCUCACCCACUGGGACUCACUGUGUUUGAGGAGAAAGUUUUCUGGACCGACGUCAGUAACAACGCCAUCCUCAGUGCAAACAGACUGACGGGCGCCGACAUUGUACCGGUGGCCGAGAACCUUGCAUCACCAGAAGACAUUAUUCUUUACCACAACCUCAAACAACCUGCUGGGAGGAAUUGGUGCCAGGUUUCCAACGGCGGCUGUGAAUUCAUGUGCCUGGCCGCUCCUCAGGUGGGACGCCAUCCGCCCAAGUACACCUGCGUCUGUCCGGAUAACAUGAUGCUCGCCAGAGAUAUGAGGACGUGUGUGCCUGCUGUUCCUACACCGGCAGCUCCUGUGCAGCCUCAGGUUCCAGCUACCAGUCCUCCUCGUCUGCCACCAGCGCCCCCCCCAGCCACACCUCGACCCACAACCAGAGCCACACCCAAGCCCCAGGUCCCCACCACCACUCCAGUGCCUGUCGUAAUCACCAGCUCUGCAGCCAAGGCAGCACCACGCACCACCAAGCCGUUGGUCAGGACCACCACAGCCCAGCCAAGGACCACCACACCCCAACCAGGGACCACCACUCCCCAGCCAGUGAAGCCUAAAAUCCCCCAGACCACCACAGAGGUUCCGGCCACCUCUCCAGAUGCGCGACCUGAGUUUGCUGCAGCCGCCCCAGAGACUGCCUCCCCCACCCGGAUAGUUCUGUACAUCGUCCUGCCUCUGGCGGUCGUUUGCCUCGUGGCCAUCGGUGCCGUGCUGCUGUGGAGGAACUACCGGCUGAAGAACACCAACACCAUUCACUUCGACAACCCCGUGUACCAGAAAACCACCGAGGACCAAGUGCACAUCUGGAGGAGCAACAGCCCCGAUGGUUACUCCUACCCAAAGAGACAAGUUGUGAGCUUGAAUGAAGAGGCAGACAAUCCAACCUUCACAGAAAACUGAGCCUCGUGGAGAGAAGACGAUAAGCUACCUUGGACGUCCUUUUGUGUAUUUCAGUUUUUUUACCUCACUCAGCACAACUAUAUGGAAGUCGAAGCCAGAACCAGACAAGCUUGAACCACUAACUCCUCCCAGAGGAACCAGUGCUCGUCAGUGGAGAAACACUUUGACCAAACUGUGAUGAUUUACCUGGAGAACUGUGAGAUUGUUGAAUCUGCGUCAGUUUAACUGAACUCAUCGGACCCAAGCCUCGAACUCACGUUACAUGGAUUUCACAAAUGAGUGUUGUAAAUAUCACAUAUUGUUAUUUUUGUAUUCCACUGGUUUUGAACAAUCACAUCUUGAACUAUUUAUAGUUUAAAGCAGCAGUUGACAUUUUGGGGGAAUUAUGCAUAAGUGCUUACUUGGCUUAGAAUGAAGGCACCGGCUCCACCAGCAGAGUUUGGCACCAGGAACAGAAACUGCAGACAAGUCUUGUCGAGUCUUGUCCCAGAACCUGCAGAACCACAAAAGUCAUUUUUACUUGAUGUUUUUGUACAUUUUAAAUGAUGAAAUGUUUAAUAAUUGAGCUUUUGAGUUGGUGAAAGGCAGAUUCUGUUAUUUCUAUUUUAAUGUUUGGGCAGAGCCAGGUCGCCUGAUAAUGGUCGUUAUGCACAAUCUUCCAAUGUCUGACUUUCCCCCCCGUUAAUGUCAAACUCUUCCACUUGUUGUUUUUAUUCCCGAGACAAACACAGACAUUGUGUUGAGACUCUCAGAGAAAACAGGUCACAGUGACCGUUAGUAGCUGUCUGUGAUUUCACACUUUCUCCUGCUCGUUCUAAUGAUUUGUGGGUCGGCCGUUAAUACACAGGAGAGACGUCUUUAAACCCCCCCCCUCGGUGCCCCUCAGGAGGAACCAGAGAAUUCCUCGAAGUCGGAGAAGCUUUUGAUGGAGUCACGUGCGCUUCGCCUCGUGUCCAGCACCCGGCCACGUGUGUGUGUGUGUAUUUACAUCCUGCCUUAAAAACAGAACCUCAGUUUGCCUUAUCCCAGCCUCUCCUGACAAAACAAAGCCAGGGGCCCAUCGUGGCUUUUCCCUUUUUGAUUUGAUUCGUGUGUGUUGAUAAAUGUGUGCCUUUUUGAAUGACUGUAUUUGUUCGCGUGUUGUUAAACUCAGUGGAUGUGUGUACAAUCAACGUGUCUGCCUGUUUACAAAGGACUGUGUGAGGGAUGUGGCAGCGUCUCGUGCUCCGGACAAACACGUCAUUGUGUUGUGAGCUGGUGGCUUUUUUCUCAGAGACAUAAUUCACGAGUGCGAGUGACUGUACGAAAAAAAUCUAAUUCACUGACCAACGAGCAGAUUAAGUGUGUAAAUAUCAUGUUCAUAAAUGUAAAUAUUUGUUUUUGGUUAUAAUGUCAGUGGUUUAGCAUUUGUUGUAAACUUCAAACAUCAGCUGUACAUAAAUAAAUGCUUCUAUUUAUUAGAGAAUCA